UUGCUGCACGUCAGGGGUUCGCGCGCUGCGGCGGGCCGAGCGGGAGCGGUGGAGGUCGUAUGGAGCGUGGCGAGGUGCGGCGGUUGGGCGCGCGGCUGGGCCUCACCCAGCCCGGCGUCAUCAGAAAAGCAGAAGAGUACCUGCGGCUAUCCCAGGUGAAAUGCACACGAUUGAUGGCGCAGAUGACAGCUACAAGCAGUGCUGUGAUGUGCCUGGACCUAGCAGCUAGCUUCAUGAAACAGCCAGUUGACAAAAGCUGUUUUGUUAAACUCUCCGGCUUGAACAAGACUACCUACCAGAGCUCCAUGAAGUCUUUGGAGUGUUUGCUAGAAGUGAACCCCAGACUGAGAAUGCGAGACUUGGCUGUGCAGUUCUGCUGCACAGAAGCAUUGAACACUGCUUCAGAAAUACUCCGGAGGUAUGAAUCCAGCCUCUCUGAAGCACAGCAAAUGGACCUUGAUUUCUCAAAACCACUCUUUAUAACAGCUGCACUAUUCACUGCAUGCAGGUGUUUGAAGCUAAAAGUGGACAAAACUAAAAUGUUGGCUAUAUCUGGGGUGAAAAAAGCAAUAUUUGGCCGGCUCUGCAAUCAGCUGGAGAAGAUGAGCCAGCAACUCUGCAAAGAAGAUGUUCCAGUGGUUGCAGAGACACCUGAAAGCUUUCAGACCAACCUGAAGCACUGCGAGAAAGAAGAUGGAUCUGAAGAUGAUGAGGAGAUGCCAUGUAAACGGCCAAAAACUGAAACAAAGCAAGACUAUGAAGAAUGGAAAAAGAAAAUCCUGGAAAACGCUGCUAAGGCACAAGAGACCUGCAUGGGACUGAAGUCUCUUCUGCUUGUAAGGGGUCCCAAAUACUCCAAGAAACAAUAAAAACAGUAGAAGGAAUAAGUUUGUAUUAUGGCAUCAGGUUCUUGGCACUUGUCAUGUAUAAAACUCAAAAGACAAACAGGAGAUGUCUUCACUUUAAAGCGGCAGAUAUCCAGGGGACAGGGAUCUUGUGUGGGCAAUACAGGUUUUCUGCAUUUAGCAGUCAUAAACUUAGGGAAGAAGCAAGUGCCCUGCGCUGUAGUCCUUAGAGGCAAUUUCUGUGGUCCUACACGUUCAUCCCAGCUAUUCAAAAUACAGUUUUGAAAGAAAAUCAUUACUUUUAGCAGUACAGUUAUGCCAGCAGGGCUGGCAUAACUGUAAUGAAACAAAUCAAGUCUUCAGCCCAUUUCUCUUGCCUUGCUCAAAACAAUCCAGAAAACCCAAGUGUCCGUAUGAAACAAGAUAAAUUAUCUCAUGUCUGAGCAUUUAGAUUUGAAAUGCUGCCCCACCUGAGCUUCUUCUCAGCAGUAUUUUAAUGGCUUGCCAAAGGCCUCACUGGUGUGCAUCCUCCUGCUUACCUGGGUGACACCGCACCAGGAUUACAGUGGUUGAUGCCAUUAACUGCUUUAGAUAUUAGUGUAUGGGCCAGUUUUUUGUCACAGUUACUGUUCCAGUGACUUACAGGUCACCUGUUGUUUGUCCUUUUAGCUUUUUGUAAACCCCAAAACAAAAUGCAUAGGACAUAGUAAAACAUCCCAUAAGGCUGCAGAGGUGGGUUCCCCUGUACUGCAGAACCAUGGGAUGGCUGCCAAAUCUAAUGGGAUUUCUAUUAGAAACAAAAUAGUAAUCCUGCUGGCCAGAUGCACCUUUGUUUUGUAGAAAAUGGAGAAGAAAUACAUACAAGACUGCAAAGAGCAUCUGUGUGUUACUCUCUUAGAAAGGCAGGAAGAAGCACACAGUAAUUGGAAAAUUAAAACUUAUUGACCAUUCUCCUUUCACUUCUCCUAAAACAUGAAAAAGGAGAUCACUUAAAGGCAACUUUAACUAGCAAGAGCUAAUUUCAUUCCAGAGAGGAGUUAUGAAAUGUAACAGUAACUACUGGGGGAAUAGACACCAAACUAAUGCUCAAUGUGCAGAGAAAAUACUGGAUAAUUAACCCACACUGAGUAAGAGCUGUAACAAAAUGGCUCGUGUUGAGAGGCUGAUGUAGUACGUAGCAGAGGGCCUCAGGAUGGGGGAAGAUCCAGCCUACUACCAUUAGCAUUCUGCUGUUAAGAUAUUCUCAAGAGAUGUUUUCGGGUUUUUUGGUGGGAGGGAUUAAACCAAAACUAAGGAAUAGGCCUGUUCCACCUUAAUGGCAUUUAUUUGUACUAAUUCAGAAAUAUACAAACUAAUUAAUAUAAUCACAUUUAGCAUGCAGAACCACUGUGGGAGGAAAACAUGAACAAAAGUGGGCCUUCACAGAAGGUGAUACACUGUCAAGAUUAUUUCAGUUGAUUGAAUAAUUCUCUCUCUCAAUUCUGGAAAUGCUGAAGUCCAGAAUUCAGGACUUUGCAAAGUUAGAAGCACUAGAGUGGAAAAGAUAACUACAUAGGGUAAGCCAGUCUUAAAACCUCUUCAUUAGCAACCAAUACUUUUGCUAAUUCAAGGAACAUGCAAGUCCAUAAAGUUAAAGGGAACUUUACAGUGGUUUGCUGCCUUUGCAGGAAAACCAGUUUUAGUACUAUAGUUUCUGGGUUUGGUAGGGAGUCCAUCCAGCUCACACAGUGUUUUGCAGAAUCUAGAACAGGAAUAAAAGAAACCAGAGGCUUAAUAAAUAAUGUUAUACUUUUAGCUGAGGGAUUGCAAGUAGCUCCAGCUCUUUAUACAUUAGGAAAAGGUUUAAAAUACAAAAGAAGUUAGUAUCAUGAAGAAAACAUUUAAUGUUCAGGAGCAAAGUGCAGGGAGAAAGGGCUUCAACCUUCUAACUGGGCUGAAGGCAGAGUCCAGCAACACACCAUGUCCCUGGCAUUGAAUAGCAAUAAAACCUGUUUUGCACAUCA